AUGGUGGGAGGGGGCGGGGCCUCCGCGCUCCAAGGAAGGGGGCAGGAAAAAUCUCCCCCAACCCCCGCCGGGCUCCGGGUCGGGAACCAGAGAGGGUCCGGCGGGCUCGGGGCUCCGAGGCCACAGGUGACCAGGGCGCCGGGCGACCGAGGCGACGCCGGGCCGGUCCCAGCGUGUGAGCCAAAGUCGGAGGGAUCGGAGGGCGCCGGGAUCCCCUCAGCCCACGCCCGGGAUCCCCCGGGCUCGGCACAGUCCGGGAUUUGCUCUGUCCAGUCCAGAUCGGCCGGCUCCGGGCUCCGCCGGGGUCUGCCUGCCCUGCCGGGAGUGAGCGGACACCACUGGGCGCCCGGGGCGCGCUCAACCAGGACCCAGAAGGUCCGCACUCCGGCACCCGCGGCUCCGGAGCGGCCGCGAGAGUCCGCUCAGCCCGGCCCCGCUGUCCGCCGGGGGCGAGAAGGCUCCCACCUCUCAGUCUGCGGUCGGAAAGGUCCGGAAACCGCCGGGUCCGGGGGGAGGGGCGGCGGCGGCCGCGGGGACCGGGUCCCCGCGGGGCCGGGCCGAGAGCGCGCGAGGCAGGGGGCCCGGCGGGGCUGGGUUCGGCGGCCCGGGCGCGGGCGGGAGCGGCGCCGGGCGGAGCAGAGGAGGCGAGGAGAGCGAGAGGAGGAGGAGGCGAGGCGCAGGGAAGGGAGGGGAGGAGGCGCGCGCGGCGGGCCCGGGCCGGGCCCGGGCGCACGGGGCUCGCAGCCUCGGCUCCGCUCCCGCCGCCCCCCCGGCCCGCUCCCGCUCCGCUCGCCGCCUCGCCAGCCACCCGGCGCCGGGUCGCUGCCGGUGGGGCAGACCCGCGCGGGGUCGGGGCUGGGCCUCCCUCCGCUGCCUCGCCCUGCCCUGCCCCGCCGGGGCUCCACGGGCCUGGGCCCGCUCCCGGAGCGCCGCGCCGCCAAGCCGCCCGCGCCCCGGCCGUCCCCGGCCCGCCCCGCCGACCCCCGCCGGACUGGCCGCCCCGGCGGGCGCUGGCUCCCUCAAAGGCCGCCCGGCUCGCUCGGCUCGGCUCGCUCGGCGCUGUCAGAGAAGGGGCCGGCCCUGCGCGCCGGGAGGGAGCUUUUAAAGCGACACACACGCCGCCCAGCGCCGAGCGCCGAGCGCGCGAGCCGGGGGACCUUGCUUUGA